CGGAGGCGUUUCAAAGCCUGGAGAGUAAUGACCAAAUAUCUUCCCAGCUGAUGAAGAUCGCACUGGCUUCCCUCUCUAAAAGCAGUUGAAUAGGCAAGAUAGACUGAAAACAGCCAUGGGGGAUGACAGUGAAUGGAUGAAGUUACCUACCGACCAGAAAUGUGAACAUAAGAUUUGGAAAGCCAGGUUAAAUGGAUAUGAGGAAGCACUAAAGCUUUUCCAGAGGAUACAGGACGAGAAGAGCCCAGAGUGGGGCAAAUAUCUUGGACUUAUCAAGAGAUUUGUAACUGAUUCCAAUGCCGUAGCCCAACUCAAAGGCUUGGAGGCAGCAUUUGUAUAUGUUGAGAAUGCACAUGUGGCUAGCAAAACAACAGGCGAAGUGGUUUCUGGAGUGGUUGGGAAAGUGUUCAACCAGCCCAAAGCUCGAGCCAAGGAGCUGGGAACAGAUAUCUGCCUUAUGUACAUUGAGAUCGAGAAAGCAGAGGUUGUCCAAGAUGAGCUGAUCAAAGGACUGGAUAACAAAAACCCAAAGAUUGUUGUUGCUUGCAUUGAAACGCUAAGGAAAGCGCUUUGUGAAUUUGGAUCCAAGAUCAUAACCCUGAAACCUGUAGUGAAAGUGUUGCCAAAACUAUUUGAGUCUAGAGAAAAGGCAGUUCGAGACGAGGCCAAAUUACUAGCUGUGGAGAUCUACAGGUGGAUACGUGAUGCAUUGCGACCUCCCCUUCAGAACAUCAACUCUGUACAGUUGAAAGAGUUGGAGGAAGAAUGGGUGAAACUGCCAACCUCAGCUCCUAAGCAGACAAGGUUCCUGCGUUCCCAACAGGACCUGAAGACCAAGUUCGAGCAGCAACAGGCUGCAGGAGGAGAUAAGGCAGACUGUGACUAUGAGGAGGAGACUGAAGUUCAGGUGGAUGCUUAUGAGCUCUUGGAAGCUGUUGAGAUACUAUCAAAACUUCCUAAAGACUUCUAUGAAAAAAUUGAAGCAAAGAAAUGGCAGGAGAGGAAGGAAGCAUUGGAGGCUGUAGAAGCCUUGACUAAGAAUCCAAAACUAGAGAAUGGAGACUAUGGGGACCUGGUCCGAGCACUAAAAAAGGUUAUUGGUAAAGAUGCCAAUGUGAUGCUGGUGUCCAUGGCUGCCAAAUGCCUAGCUGCACUGGCAGCAGGACUGAGGAAGAAGUUUGGAACAUAUGCAGUUCAUGUGGUGCCAACCAUACUGGAGAAGUUUAAGGAGAAGAAACCUCAGGUGGUUCAGGCCUUGCAGGAGGCCAUUGAUGCAGUCUUCUUUACUACAACUUUGCAGAACAUCAGUGAGGAUGUUCUGGCAGUUAUGGACAACAAGAACCCCUCAAUCAAGCAACAGGCUUCGCUUUUCCUUGCCCGAAGUUUCCGUCACUGUACCCCGAGCACUUUGCCAAAAAGCGUUCUGAAGCCCUUCUGUGCAGCGUUCCUCAAGCAAGUGAAUGAUUCUGCUCCAGAAGUCAGAGAUGCUGCUUUUGAGGCUUUGGGGACUGCCAUGAAGGUGGUAGGGGAGAAAGCGGUUAACCCAUUCCUGGCUGAUGUUGAAAAACUCAAGUUGGAUAAGAUAAAAGAAUGUGCCGAUAAAGUGGAGCUUGUUGGAGGAAAGAAAGGUGGUGGUGGAGGAGGGGAGAAGAAAGAGAAACAAGCUGCAAAAGCACCUCCACCGGUUGAAGCUUCUGCCAAACCCUCCGGCCCUCCCAAGAAAGCUCCGCCAGCAAAGGCCCCUGGACCUCCCAAGAAGGGCAAGCCUGCCUCUGCUCCCAGUGGAAAGUCCAAGAAAGCUCCAGAUACUAAGGAAAUGGUAGAGACAGAGUUAUCUCUGGAAGUGUGCGAGGAGAAAGCUGCUGCUGUGCUCCCAGCCUCCUGUAUGCAGCUGCUGGACAGCACCAACUGGAAGGAGAGACUCGCUAGCAUGGAGGAGUUUCAGAGAGCUGUGGAACAGAUGGACAAAUCUGAAAUGCCGUGCCAGUCCCUUGUCAAGAUGCUGGCUAAGAAACCAGGAUGGAAAGAGACCAACUUUCAGGUCAUGCAAAUGAAGCUGCACAUUGUGGGCCUAAUCGCACAAAAAGGGUCUUUCUCAAAGACAUCAGCACUGGUGGUUCUGGAUGGUCUCGUUGAUAAGAUUGGAGAUGUGAAAUGUGGAAGUAAUGCUAAAGAAGGUCUGACUGCGAUCGGGGAGGCCUGUUCGCUACCUUGGACUGCAGAACAGGUAGUCUCACUGGCUUUUGCUCAGAAGAAUCCUAAAAACCAAGCAGAGACUUUGAACUGGUUGGCCAAUGCCAUGAAGGAGUUUGGAUUUGCAGGAAUAAAUGUGAAGGCAUUCAUCAACAAUGUCAAAACUGCUCUGGGUGCUACAAAUCCGGCUGUGAGGACAUCAGCGAUCGCUCUGCUGGGAGUCAUGUACCUGUAUAUGGGAGCUCCCCUGCGCAUGUUCUUUGAAGAUGAAAAACCUGCCCUGCUUUUGCAAAUAGAUGCUGAGUUUGAAAAGAUGCAGGGCCAGACUCCUCCUGCAUCCAUCCGUGGCACCAAGAAAACUGGAGUUGUGGAAGAGAGAGAAGAGGCUGAGGAAGAGGAAGUGGAUUGUGGAGCUGGAGCCAUCAUGGACCUGCUGCCCAGAACUGACAUCAGUGAUAAAAUCACAUCAGACAUGGUGUCAAAGAUUGGAGAUAAGAACUGGAAGAUCAGAAAGGAAGGGCUUGAUGAGGUGACAGCUGUCAUUUCUGAGGCAAAAUUCAUCCAGGCCAACAUCGGCGAGCUGCCCAUGGCCCUGAAGGGACGUCUCAAUGACUCCAACAAAAUACUGGUUCAGCAGACACUUGGUAUUCUGCAGCAGAUAGCCACUGCCAUUGGUCCAGCUCUCAAACAACAUGUCAAGAACCUGGGAUUCUCCAUUAUUACUGUUCUUGGAGACAGCAAGUCCAAUGUCCGUGCUGCUGCCAUGACAACGCUGAAUGCCUGGGUGGAUCAGACAGGAAUGAAGGAGUGGCUUGAAGGAGAGGACCUGUCAGAAGAGCUCAAGAAGGAGAACCCCUUCCUCAGACAGGAGGUGCUUGGCUGGCUGGCUGAGAAGCUGCCCACUAUGCACACAGUGCCUGCAGACCUGAUGCAGUGUGUGCCUCCCCUGUAUGCCUGUCUAGAGGACCGCAGUGGCGAUGUGCGCAAGAAAGCUCAGGACGCCCUCCCCACCUUCAUGAUGCACCUGAGUUACGAGAAGAUGAGCAAAGCUGCUGGCAAACUGAAGCCAGCCUCAAAGGACCAGGUGAUUGGCAUGCUGGAGAAGGCCAGGGCCUUGAUGCCAGCCAAGCUUGCAGCUCCUGCCAAAGCUGCUGCUUCCAAACCCGGCUCCAGCGCCCCUGUCUCCAAACCAGCCUCAGCUCGAACCAGGAACCAGACUCCCAGUGAAGAUUUUGGUGAACCAGAACCCAAACCAGACACCAAGAAAACUAAACCAGCGGGGCCUGCGGCUAAAAAGGGUGUCGUUGGAAAGAAACUUCCAGUCAAGGCUGGUGUAAAGGAUGAGGAAGACAGGUCUGGGGCCAUCUUCAUCCUCGUACCCAAUGGCAAAGAGCAAAGGAUCAAGGAAGAAAAGACAUUGAAGAUUCUGAAGUGGAAUUUCGUGACUCCUCGUGACGAGUAUGUGGAACAGCUGAAGACUCAAAUGUCAACAUGUCUGGCCAAGUGGCUCCAAGAUGAGCUCUUCCACUUUGACUUUCAGCGGCAUGUUAAAGCUAUCGGAGUCAUGAUUGAGCGCUUGGAGGCUGAGUCUGAGGCUGUGAUUGGCUCUCUGGAUCUGGUGCUGAAGUGGUUCACCCUGCGGUUCUUUGACACCAACACCAGUGUGUUGAUGAAAGUCCUGGAGUUCUUGAAGCUGCUCUUCACCAUGCUGAGCAGGAAGAACUACCAGCUCAACGACUAUGAGGCCGCCUCUUUCAUCCCCUACCUGAUCCUUAAGGUUGGAGAGUCAAAAGAUGUGGUGCGCAAGGAUGUUCGUGCUAUUCUGACGAUGCUAUGUAAAGUUUAUGCUGCCAGUAAAGUCUUUCCUUUGCUUAUGGAUGGGACUAAAUCGAAGAACUCCAAGCAGAGAUCUGAAUGUCUUGAGGAGCUUGGGUGCCUGAUCGAGAACUUUGGUAUGAAUGUGUGUCAGCCGACUCCAGCCAAGGCUCUUAAAGAAAUCGCUGUUCACAUUGGAGACCGUGACACUACUGUCCGCAACGCUGCACUCAAUACUGUUGUGGCUGCCUACAACACUUGUGGAGAACAAGUCUUCAAACUGAUCGGCAAUCUAUCAGAGAAGGAGAUGAGCAUGCUUGAGGAGAGAAUCAAACGCUCCGCUAAGAAGACACCUGCGCCCGCAGCCAAACCGGAGCGAACCCAGAGGGAACAGCCCACCAAUCCCAACGCUACCUUCCUCCGCAAGGCUCCUCAGGAGGAGGUGCCCAAUAAACUCAAAAUAAUGUAUCGCACUUACAGGAUUCAAGCUCGGGCACAGAAUGCCCAAUUUGAGCAGUCUGCUCCAUCCAUCCCAAAAGAGUUUCAGCUGGAUCUUGAUGUGUUUGAGAACAACCACACCUGUGCCAGCGACAUACCCGACUUGGUGCAGCACAAACUGGAUGAAGUUCUGGAGCCAGUCAUGAUACCUGAGCGCAAGAUGCGUGCGGUUUCCCCUCAUUUUGAUGACAUGCACAAUAGCACUGCCUCUACCAUCAACUUCGUCAUCUCGCAGGUGGCCAGUGGAGACAUGAACACCAGUAUCCAGGCCUUAGCACAGAUCGAUGAGGUUUUGAGGCAGGCCGACAAGGCAGAAGCAAUGUCUGGACACAUCGACCAGUUCCUCAUUGCCACUUUCAUGCAGCUGCGGCUCAUUUACAACACGCACAUGGCUGAUGAGCGCCUGGACAAGAAGGACAUCUUCAAACUCUACAGCUGCAUCAUAGGAAACAUGCUCUCUCUGUUCUCAAUGGAGAAUCUGGCACGGGAGGCUUCCAUGGGCGUCCUGAAAGACCUGAUGCAUGGUCUGAUCACGCUAAUGUUGGACUCCAGAGUGGAGGAUAUUGAGGAUGGACAGCAGCUCAUUCGUUCCGUCAAUCUGCUUGUGGUUCGAGUGCUGGAGAAGUCUGACCAGACAAACAUCCUGAGUGCUUUGCUGGUGCUGCUGCAGGACAGUCUUACCAGCACUGCUGGCUCCCCCAUGUUCUCUGAACUUGUCAUGAAGUGUCUGUGGAGAAUGAUCCGUUUCCUGCCUCAGACCAUCAACAGCAUUAAUUUGGACCGCAUCCUGCUGGACGUGCACAACUUCAUGAAGGUUUUUCCUAAAGAUAAGCUCAAACAGCUCAAGAGUGAUGUUCCCCACCGGACUCUGAAGACACUGCUACAUACGCUUUGUAGGCUCACUGGUGCCAAGAUAUUGGAACACAUGUCCAUGAUUGAGAACCGUAACGAGUCCGAACUGGAGGCCCACCUCAGGCGGGUGGUUAAACAUUCAGUAAACCUCUCUGGACUAAAGUCUGACAAGAGCACAGAGAAGGGUGCCCUCCGAUCGGAUGACAAAGUGAUCAAGGCCAAAGUGAGCGACAUCCUGUCUGAGAUCUUUAAGAAGAUCGGCUCCAAGGAGAACACUAAAGAGGGUUUGACAGAGCUGUACGAGUACAAGCAGAAGUAUUCUGAUGCAGAUCUUGAGCCCUUCUUGAGGAACACCUCCCAAUUCUUCCAGAGUUAUGUGGAGCGAGGACUUCGCAUGAUCGAGUCUGAGCGUGAAGGAAAAGGCAGAAUCCAGACCUCCACAGUAAUCCCUCAGCACAGCACAGAUUCCUAUUUGCCAAGCUCCAGCUCUGUGUCCAUCAGUAGUAAUGGAGAAGAUCUAAAUGCUGCAGCCUACUACGAGAGACUCAAGAUCUUGCGGCAACGGCGUGGCCUUGAGAACUCUGCGCCUGAGGAAGACAGACCUCCUCUCAGCUCACUGAGACCAUCGGUGGCCUCCUCCACAGACAUGCUCCACAGUAAACUCUCCCAGCUGAAGGAGUCUCGUGAGCAUUUCCAGCAGGAGCAGUCUCAGUCCGACAGACCCACUCGCUCCUCUUCCCCCGCCUCCAACCUCGAUGACCUCAAAAAAAGACUGGAGAGGAUAAAGAGCAACCGCCAGUAGAUCUAUGCCCUGCUUUCAUUUUAUGCUCUCACUAGAUGGUCAGCUAACUCUCACAUCUCAAGGCUUUCUCAACCCAACAUCACAAUCCCUUUAUUUAUCAGGGUAAACACGUGCAUAGAUAACAGUUAUGCGAAUAGGACAAAAAUUAACUCCAACAGAUGUCUACAUUGUAUGAUAUUAAGUAAACAAAUUUCUGUAUGUUAGUAUUGUGCACAAUUGUUUUUGUACAUAGUGGCUAACCACACCAAGCUUUCAUGUGUCAUUUUAGGGUUUUGCGUGUACAGGUUCCAUGUGCAGAAUUCUGUAAUGUGUAAGUGAGGCUGAUGUUUUUGUUUUUUUUAAAUAGACGUUUUAAAAAAAUCUAAAUUUAAAAUGUCACUUUCACUUCUGUCUGUUCAACACUGUCAUUUUUGCUGUUUUCUUUCUGCCUUUUUCUUUCCAUCUUUCGUCUUUUGAAGCUUUCAUAACUCUGAAGGAUUGAUUCCUUUUAAGGAGCAUGGCAUGAAGUACUGGAUCAUUAUUUUAUGUAAAUAAAGUUUGCAUUACUUAACGCCAUUAAUUCCAUUUUCCUUUUAAUAAUAUUCCCUACAAUUUGCACUCUGUAGUGGAAUGUUGGUAAUUGAUGCAUUGUUUUGUAUUAUCCAACUGGGAUUAGUGUUGAAGUGUUGCUAUUAAGUGUAUAAUCUAUAGUGAAAAUGGCAAUAAACUUUUUUUAUAUAUAUAUAAUUUAAUAAACUGUUGUGGUGUUUUACCUUUUUUAAGGGACUUGAAAGUUUCAUUAUUGCAUUACAAACACUUGCAUAUGUUCUGUAAGACAAUCAUAUGUCCUCAAGAUGGCAGCAAGAAUAUUUUUUAGAUAUUUUCAAAGCCUGAAUGUUAAAAAUUUCACUUCACAUGUGUCCAAAAAAUAGGUUACUGAAUGGUAAAGUGUUUAGUUCAUGGUGCACCUGAUCCUGUAAAAUUAUUAUUUUUUAUUCUUUUGCUAUUACACAACCAAACUGGUUCUUAUUUUCCUCGUUUUUGAGUAUAGCAUACUGCUAAUUGUCAACCAGCCUGGCAAAGUACGGUGCAUUGAGGAAGUAUUCAGACCCCUUUUUUUUUUCUUUUUACAUUUUAUGUUGCAGCCUUGUGCUGAAAUGCUUUUAAAUUAUUUUUUUCACAUCAGUCUCCAUACCCCAUAAUGACAAGUCAAAAACCAGAUUUUUGAUAACUGCAAAUGAAAUAAACUGAAAUAUCACAUUAACAUAAGUAUUCAGACCCUUAACUCAGUACUUUGUUGAAGCACCUUUGGCAGCGAUUACAGCCUCAAGUCUUUCUGGGUUUGGGGAUUUUCUGCCUUCUCUGCAGAUCCUCAAGAUUUGUCAGGUUGGAUGGGACUGUUGGUGGACAGCAAUUUUCAGGUCACACCAGAGAUGUUUGAUUGGGUUCAAGUCCAAGCUCUGACUGGGCCACUCAUACGGAGUUGUCCAAAAGCCAUUCUUGUGUUGUCUUGGCUGUGUGCUUUUGGUCAUUGCCCUUUUGGAAAGUGAACCUUCGGCCCAGUUCCCGAGCGCUCUUGACAAGGUUUUCAUAAGGAUAUCUCUGUAUUUUGCUGCAUUGAGCUUUCCUUCAACCCUGACCAGUCCCCCAGUCACUGCUGCUGAAAAACAGCCCCACAGCAUGAUAUUACCACCACCAUGCUUCACCGUUGGUGUGUUGCGCAGGUGAUGAGCGGUGCCUGAUUUCCUGACAUAACACUUGUAAUGGAGGACAAACAGUUCAAUUUGCAUUUCAUCAGACCAGAGAAUCUUAUUUCUCACAGUCUGAGUCUUUUAGGUGCUAUUUUAUGUGUCUUGCACGGAGGAGAGGCUUCCGUCUGGCCACUCUGCCAUAAAGCCCAGAUCGGUGGAGUGUUGCAGUGAUUAUUGUCCAUCUGCAAGUUUCUCCCAUCUCCAUACCUGAUCUCUGGAGCUCAACCAGAGUGACCAUCGGGUCUGUUUGGCCAGACUUCUUCAGUUUAAGAAUUAUGGUGGCCACUGUGCUAUUGGGAACCUUCAAUGCAGCAGAAAUUGUUUUGUAGCCUUCCCCAGGUCUGUGCCUCGAUACAAUCCUGUCUCUGAGAUCUGCAGGCAGUUCCUUUAACCCCAUGGCUUGGUUUUUCGCUCUGAUAUGCAUUUUCAGCUGUGAGAGCUUAUAUAGACAGAUGUGUGCCUUUCCAAAUCAUGUCCAAUCAAUUAAAUUUUCCACAGGUGGACUCCAAUCAAAGUGUAGAAACAUCUCAAAGAUAAUCCAGAGAAAUGGGAUGCACCAGAGCAAAAUUUCAAGUGUCAUGGCAAAGGGUCUGAAUACUUAUGUCAGAGUGAUAUUUCAGUUUUUCUCUUUUUAAUAAAUUUGUAAAGUUAUCAA